CUCUAUCUCAAUUUCAUUUUCAAUCUCAAAACCCUAGCUGCUCCCGAUUCAAUUAAGCUAAAUUACUCUCGAUUCGUAUUCAAUUCACUGUGAAUUAGAAAACCCUAAAUUCGAAUUUUGGAGGAACGAUGAUGCAUUGUUAUAUCUCUUCAUCACUUAGCUUCCACCCGAAUCUUCAACACCGACCAACAACAAAAGUCAACGCAAAGAAGAAACUCACAAAGAAUCUCCGUAACCCACGCCGUACCAAGCUCCCUCCUGACUUCGGUGUCAACUUAUUCCUAAGAAAACCCAUUACACAACCCUUGUCACCACUACAAGAACAAGAACAACAAGAGCCUGAAGAGGAGGAGGAUACUAAUGUCUGGGAACCAAACGAAAUCGAAGCAAUCUCAUCUCUCUUCCAACAAAGAAUCCCUCAAAAACCAAACAAACCAAUCCGAAUCAGACCGUUACCACUUCCUCAACCUCACAAGCUACGACCUUUACCUCUCCCAACACCAAAACACAACAUCAAGAACAAGAAACCUGUCCUGUCCUUAUCGAAAGACCCGACCUUUCUCAUAACUUUAGCUAGAGACAUCAAAAACUUACCUUCCCCUGAAGCAGACGUCUCUCUUGUCCUCAACAAAUGGUCAACCUUCUUGCGUAAAGGCUCACUCUCCACGACAAUUCGUGAGCUUGGUCACAUGGGUUUACCCGAGAGAGCGUUACAGACUUACCGUUGGGCGGAGAAGCAUUCUCAUCUCUUCCCUGAUAACACGAUUUUAGCAUCUACCAUCCAGGUUUUAGCUGAGCAUCAUGAGCUGAAGCUGCUUAAGUUUGAUAAUAGCUUGGCGAGCAAGAAUGUUAUCGAAGCGAUGAUCAAAGGAUGUAUCGAAGGUGGGUGGCUGAACUUAGCUAGGAAGCUUUUACUUAUCGCUAAGAGUAACAAUAGGGUUCUUGACUCGAGUAUCUACGUUAAGAUGAUUUUAGAGAUUGGUAAGAACCCGGAUAAGUACCAUCUUGUGGUUGCUCUUCUUGAUGAGUUGAAAGAUAGAGAAGACUUGAAACUGAGUCAGCAAGACUGCACGAGUGUGAUGAAGAUAUGUGUGAAGCUGGGGAGGUUUGAACUCGUUGAGUGUCUAUUUGAUUGGUAUAAAGAAUCUAACAGAGAGCCGAGCGUUGUGAUGUAUACUACGAUGAUACAUAGCCGGUAUUCGGAGGAGAAGUAUCGAGAGGCGAUGAGUAUGGUUUGGGAGAUGGAGGAAUCUAACUGUCUUCUUGAUCUUCCUGCUUAUAGAGUAGUUAUUAGACUCUUUGUGGCGUUGGAUGAUUUGGGAAGAGCGAUGAGAUAUUACUCUAAGCUUAAGGAAGCUGGUUUUACUCCAACUUAUGAUAUUUUUCGAGAUAUGGUUAGUGUUUGUAUAGCUUCUGGGAGAUUGACAAAGUGUAGAGAGAUAUGUAAGGAGGUUGAGGAUGCUGGAUUGAGGUUGGAUGCAGACACUUUGUGUAGGUUGUUGCAGCUUGAAAACCAUACAAUGUCUCUAUAAGAAAAGAGGAAAGUGGAAACUGAACGAGUUCAGAAUCAGACAUAGCAACUGUCUUGUCUGCUGGAACUGAUUCUGGUCCAUCCAUGGAUGGUUUUAUCACUGUAAAGAACAAGACAUUAUAGAACAAAGUAAAACCUAAGAGAAGGAAAGCUGUAGUUGUGAGGAAGGAUCCAGACAUCUCAGGUGGUUCUUCAAACAUGAAGGGAUCCAUUGAUGAAGAACCUCCACUACUUGUUCUGGCAACAUCUGAUGAUGUCUUGACGAUGAUUCUUGGUUUUUCAUCAGCUUGAGAUUCGAUUUGUUGGUCAAGCUGUUUCAGAGCUUCUCUAGCUUUAUCUCUAUCGAUUUCGAAACUCUGUGAAGAAGAUGAGUCUUCUCUUUCGGUAGCUCUUACAAUACCCAUUAGAUGUUUUUUCUUCUUCUUCUUCACCAUGAAUCCUCCAUGUACGUAACGGUGAAGAGACUGUAUCCCUGACACCACCAUUCUCUGUUUCCUCUGUUUUUUCUCUUCUACGGCUCUUUGAUGAUAAACUGUUGUGUGUGGACAUCGUUGUUGGCAAAAUUGGCAGAUACCACAGGCUUUUAGUGGAUUUUUAAUUGUCAUUUUGAUGAUUAUGGGCCAGAAUAAAC